UUCUCAAAAAGGAUAGGUGCUGAUACUGAAGCCAUAUAAAAAGCAAACGAGUGUUUCACCUCUGAAAACAACUUAAGUGAACCACUCAGUCAUGAAGUUUGCCGUGUCUGUUGCCCUUGCGUGUGCCGUUGUUGCUGUUAUCUACAGCGAGACCUGCAGGGAUGAGAAAGACUGUGAUCACCUGACCUGUGAUAGUUCCUCAAAGCUGGGCUGCUCUCAUGGAGAAUGUACCUGCCUGACUUCCGCCACAUCUGGUUCCUGUGCUCAAGCCAAUUGCACAGUCCGUGCCGACUGCGACGGCUGCAGAUGUAGAGACAGCCGUGCGUCACACCACUGCUACGAUGGGCACUGUCUCUGUGGACGUGGAUUUGGACCUGGCAUUGGCAAAUAAAUCCCGGAACAAAACAACAAUCUACCAAACAUUUUAGGUUAUUGUUAUACACAUACAUGUACGCAUCAAAUAAAGAAAAAAACAAUG